AGUUGGCAGGGAGCUCCUGAUAGGCAGCUGACUGGGGCUGCCAGGCCCAGCCAGAGUAUGGAGUAAACAUCGAAGGCAUUCUUCCUUGACUAAAUAUAACUCAGGAGAUGUGUGCUCAGAGCAGCCGGCUCUCAUCCAUGCAAAAGUUCAUUAGCUUACUUACAUACAACAAAACCUUCAAGGGGCACUGCCCAACUCUUUUGCCCUGAACUUUUGCAAGAAAGCUUGGUUUGGAGAUUUUGGGCUAUAGCAACCAUGCCAGCCCCUCAGCGAAGGAGUAGAGCCAGGGACAAGAAUAAUGUCCUAGCCAGGCCGGAGUUUAUUUCUCUCAACCAGCCAGCAACAUCACCUCCGGAGGCCCGAAACUACAAUAGGAAACAGAGUGGGCAAUAUGGAAACUCCAGCGAAGGUGGCCGAGACAGACGGCAAAGCCAACCGCUACCAGAAGAGGACUGCAUGCAGCUAAAUCCCUCAUUUAAAGGGAUUGCAUGGAAUUCACUCAUGGCUAUUGAUAGAGCUAUGUCCAAAAGGCUUGGAGUCUGUGCCAACAGUACAUCUUCGUGGGCAAGUGCGCGCUCCAUGGUCAAGCUGAUUGGAGUAACGAGCCAUGGUCUUUCUUGGAUAGUUGGCACGCUGGUUUGUCUAUGGAAUAGCAACACACUGGCUGGACAAGAAGUUCUUGUAAAUCUACUUCUAGCUUUGCUGUUGGAUAUCCUGACAGUGGCUGGACUCCAAAAGUUGGUCAAACGUCGUGGCCCCUUUGAUAUGUCUCCAGGUAUCUUGGACUACCUCGUCCUUGACGUCUACUCCUUCCCGGCAAGCCAUGCGAGUAGAGCCACGAUGGUGUGCAAAUUCUUCCUAAAUCACUUGGUCCUUGCUAUUCCUCUACGUAUCCUGUUGGUCCUGUGGGCCUUCUCUGUUGGACUCUCCCGCAUUAUGAUUGGCCGGCACCAUAUCUCUGAUGUCAUGGGAGGAUUUUUGAUUGGCUACAUGCAAUUUAACUUUGUGGAAAUAAUUUGGCUGCCUUCUAAUACGUGUCAGAUGCUUAUCUCUCUCUGGUGAAGAUUCCAUUCUGAAGAUGAAUGAGACUUCUAAUGAUACAAGACUAAGAGGAGAAAAGUAAUUCCCUCAAAAAAUGGACUUCAAUGCAUAUUUCCUUGUUCUAUGGUCAGUGUAAUUAAAAAAUGGUUUUACGUAAUGUCCUGUCUUAGAAACUAUUAAAAAUAAUGUUACUCCGUAAA